GCUGCCGCCCUCGCUCCCUCCCUCCUUCUCCUCCUCAGCCCCUUCCUCCUCCCCCUCCUCCUCCUCCUCCUCGGCGCUGCCCGGCGCCGGGGCUCUCCCGGCGCCGCUCCGCAAGGCGCGGCCGCCGCUUCCCCGCCCCGGCGCGGGGCCGCCCCCGUGCCCUCCCUCCCUCCGCCCCGUCCCCGCCCGCCGCGGCAGCCCCGAGCGGGAGGCGGCGGAGGGAGGCGGGAGCCAUGCGGGAGUACAAGGUGGUGGUGCUGGGCUCGGGCGGCGUGGGCAAGUCCGCCCUUACCGUGCAGUUCGUGACCGGCUCCUUCAUCGAGAAGUAUGACCCCACCAUCGAGGACUUCUACCGCAAGGAGAUCGAGGUGGACUCGUCCCCGUCCGUGCUGGAGAUCCUGGACACGGCGGGCACCGAGCAGUUCGCCUCCAUGCGGGACCUCUACAUCAAGAACGGGCAGGGCUUCAUCCUGGUCUACAGCCUGGUGAACCAGCAGAGCUUCCAGGACAUCAAGCCCAUGCGGGACCAGAUCAUCCGCGUCAAGAGGUACGAGCGGGUGCCCAUGAUCCUGGUGGGCAACAAGGUGGACCUGGAGGGCGAGCGCGAGGUCUCCUUCGGGGAGGGCAAAGCGCUGGCCGAGGAGUGGAGCUGCCCCUUCAUGGAGACCUCGGCCAAAAACAAAGCCUCCGUGGACGAGCUGUUCGCCGAGAUCGUCAGGCAGAUGAACUACGCGGCGCAGCCCAACGGGGACGAGCCGUGCUGCGCCUCCUGCGCCAUCCUCUGAGGGCGGCCCGGCCCCGGCCCGGCGGGCGCGCUCGGGCGGACAGCAGCGCGGAAAACAAUUGCGUCGUGUUGGAAAUGUGGCUUUUCUCGGCAUGUACGUUUCGUCCAGUCUUGGUCAUGGCAUAUUUCCUGUCAGUGUCGGCGGCGGGCGCGGGAGCAGCCGGUCCCGCCGCCCGGGGAGCGGAGCCACGCGGGGAGCCCGCUGUCCCGGGACAGCCGCGGGGAGCGGGGCCGCAGCCCGGCCAGACCCGGGACAGCGGGGCCGCACCCCCGGGACAGCGGAGCCGUACCCCGGGACAGCGUGCCCCUGUCCCGGGACAGCGCGGCCCCUGUCCCGGGACAGCGCGGCCCCGGCGGCCAGCCCCGUGCGGGCCCGUCCCGGCGCCGCUGCCGCCGUCUCUAUGCAAGCGGGAGCGGCGCGGGGCCGUCCCGCCCGGAGAGUUGCACAUGGAACUGGGACUGUGACCCGAUCGGUGCUGCCAGGCUCGGGGCGCCGGGCAGCGCCGCCGAUAUCCCUGGAAUAAUGCUCUAUUUUGUUUACCUGCUGUAUCGGAUGGGAGUUUGCAGGAGAGUGGUAGCGUGGUGGUUUUUCUCCUGGUUUUAUUUGGUUUUUUUGUUUUUUGUUUUUUUUUUUUUUUUUAAUCAGCUGUGAAAAUGUUACAAAUCUGCACAAUUUUUUAGGUGUGCGUGUGUGUGUGAUUUCGUUGUGGUUUUGGUUUUUCCUUUGGCGGGGGGGAGGGCGGUGGUGCUUUUUUUGCCGAGGGUUUUGGAUUUGGGUUGGCAAUACCUGAUUUUGAUGACUAGCUCUCUCAAGUGCAAAGACUUCCCCUGAGUGAUGCAGGGCCAACAGCAGCCCUGUGUCUGUAGAGUGCCUUCAAAACUCAGCUGUUCCAGCCGGUGCCAACCUGUGAAAGCUCCACAGAAUCCCAUUAUCUACUACUCCAAAAACUACUUAACAGUUUCCUUGCAGUAAUCACACCGAGCAAGCCAGGACAAAAGGGCCUAUUGUUAGUGGAAUUUAUUUCUUAUUUCCAUCUGAGCCUUUUAACUGUUAUUUCCAUGUCUUGCAAGUUUGGGCCUAAUUUACUUCAAAUUUACAAGAAUUUAGCCUUUUGGGAUUUUUGGGUGGGGGGCUUUUUUUUUAUUUUUUUGGUUCUGUUUUCCUUUGAUUUUGUCGUGCCUCCAGCCAGCAAAGAAGGAAACCUUAUCGUUGUGAUGUACCAAGAAAAUUCUAACAACUGUCAUUUUAAUUGCAGACAUGCAUUGAAGAGAUGUCUAUCCAUUUGAAGAAUUUUAAUACAAAUGCUGUUUUUUAGAAAACAACUCUGUGCAUUGUUAUGUAUCACAUGAAACACUGACUUUCACACAGGCUCUUAAUCCAGAUUUAUAUCUCAGUAGCAGUGGAAGGUGGAGGGGUCGAUUUAGCUAAGAACAGUGGUGAAAAAAAGGCAAACCACAAGAUUGCUGGUUUAUCUAAUAUUUAGUCAUUUUUGAUGCCGGUUUUUGCUUGUAUUCAGUCCUGGCCCAGUGUGCCAGGCUGUGGGAAGAAGGCUGUGCUCAGAGGCAGCUUUCAGGAGGCAGUGGGGACUUACUGCCACAGGCCCUUUUCCCCUCCUGGAGGCAGCGUGGUUUAUUGGGGUGAAGUUCUAAAGGUCAAUUAUUUAUGAAAUCCAAACUUUUAGUCUCAUUGCAUUAUCACUUUAAAAUUAUAAACUAGACCUUUUUCUUUUCUGGUUUGCAGAGGGGCUGGGGUGGGAGGAGACCUGUGCCUCCCUUCAGCUGGAAGGUCCAAGGGGCUUUUUACCUGUUCUCUCUUUGCCCCUUCUUUAGAGGUCUGCACACAAAACCUGCAGCUCUCUUUUUCCGUCUCCCCCCUGUCCCAAGAAGUCUUGAAAAGAUCUUGCAUCUCAAAAACAGAAGCUGAGCAAUGAUGUGUGAAGGGGUUUUUAGUCAGGCCAGCUGAAAAGUGACUGCCGUGAUUCCUCUGUGGUUCUGGUGAUUUCUCCUGGUUUGAGCAGGAAAAGUGUGUGCCCUAGCACAGGGAGGGCAGUGUGCAGGGUCAGUUUGAUGCUACGUUUUGAAAUCCCACUGACUGAAAUGAAAAGUGCCAUUUGUGCUCUAGUCACAAUUGGGUACUUUUAGUAAUAACAUCAAGCACCUACCGAAAAUUUGUAAAAUAUUAUCUGGUGAAAGCAUGCUUCUGCCUCAGAGCCCAGGUGUGUCCUUGUUUGGGGCUGUGUCAGCCUCAGUGAGGAACAGAGGGCUGGAGGAGGCAACCGCAGUGCUGGGGCCCUGAGAUAAACACAGCAAUUCACCCCUGUUUCUAAGUGAAACUUGAAAACCUCAUUGCAGCUCAUCUUCCAGGAAUUCCUAAAAGUUCAUUAGAAGGCAGAGGAUCCCAUGCUGGAAGACAGGGAAUGUCUGACAGAAGGGGUGUCUUUUAACCCAAGAACUGCAUUGAAAGCUGAGGAAGCUUGACUGCUGCCACUUCUGCAGCUUACAAACUGCGUGUCUGAUGUUUUAAAAAUCAAUUUACAUCUCAGUUAGUGCCAUGGUUCAAUUUUGCCUUAAAUUCAAUGGGAAUGGAGAGUUUUUAGCACCCACCAGGCCUCGAUCAGUGCACUGUCAGCAGCUUGAGGUGGUUGAUAAAAGCAGGUAUUUGUUGUGCCCUCCCAGGAGCCAGCAGACCCCUCACGUUCCCCAGUGCCUCUUUCCCCACUGCCUGAGCUGUGCUUGAGGAAUAAAGCAAAAGUGGGUGUUUAGCACACAAAGUCUGGCUUUGCUCAGCCUGGCAGAGCAGCUGGGGACAGCCAGCUGAGCUCUGUGUUGUGCUGGGCCUACCUGUGCUACAUUCUGGUUUUGGCCAAAAAGGUGUAUUUGUAAAACAGUGAAGCAUUUAAGCAGCCGUGGCACUGUCUGAUCAGGGUUUUGAAUGUAUUUAGGCAUUCCAUGUUCUCUGUGACUGGUGAGGACAGUGCACAGCGUAGAGCUCAAUACUCUGAUCUUCCAAAUACUCUGAAGUGUUUUGGUGCUUGUUAAACAUAAGCCUUGUCUAUAAAAAGUCUGAAAAAAAUCAUCCUGCUUUAACUUGACUGAGUGAUGAAAGCUAUAUUAGCUUCGACACUUGAGGGAAAUGUUGUAUCAAUAUAAAGGUACUCUUUAUUCCUUUUCCCUGUGGGAAUAUGUUACACCCGUGUCAAUACAGAGGUGGUAUAUCACUCUUUUCACAGUGAGAAUUGCAAAUAUUUACUUGUUUUGGAAGAAAAAUUACAUUCCCAGCCAAAAUACUUCCUGACAUCGCAGAAAUUGUGUAAACAAGGCCUUGGUUUAAGGCUGGUCUUGUGACCACGUAUUUUGCUGUACAUAAUGAUUGUAUUUUUAAAACUCCAAGCCUGUUCUGUGGAAGGAAGCGUGUGUGGCAUGCCAGUGUCUGUGACUGUAACCUGCCCUGUGCUCAGCCCCAGCCCAGGGCGGGUGUGCCUCUGCUCAAACCAUGCUCAGGAUUCACUGACCUCGUGGUGCUGGAGCUGAUGUGGAACUCUGUGCCUGUGGGAUCCUGCUGGUUCUGCUUCUCUCGAAAGAAUGUACGGCGAGCUGUUUGCAAAGGGCAUUUUAAAUAAAGGGCAGCUGGCUCUUUAUGACUUCCUCACUUGGGUACUCAUUGUGUGCAGGUGUUGUUCGGGGUCAGAUUUCCUCCAGGAGUGACAAAAUGCAGAAACUCACAUGUUCCUUGAGAAUUUUGUGCAAAGAGGAGUGGCACAGGUGCAUGGGGAGCGUGGAUGCUCCCAGGAGGGGAAUGAGCCCAGCUGGAGCUGCUGUUGGAGGCUCUGUGCCUGGCCAGGUUUGUGUGGCAGCCCAGGGGCUCUGCUGAGCCUGCCCUCUCUGCACCCCUGGGCACGUCUGAGAUCUGAGACCUGCUCGGAGCAAACGCGUGUGAGCUCAGCUCCAAGGGCACAUGGUUUGAAAUAUUGGUGUUCACAGCUUACAGCCUGUUCCUGCAGUGCUUACAGCCUCGUGCAAAUGUGUGUGUCAAAGACUCUCCUUCCAGUCACGUUGCUGCAAGAGUUUGAGAACCCCUUUUUGCAGGAAUCCAGCAUCUGCCCAAACUGCAGAACUUUGUGUUACAGUCCCUGGUAACCAUGUGUGCAGCAGAUGAGAGGGAAUUGAGAGCAAACUUUCAGUGCAAAAAGCAAAAGAUAUUCAAGCGAGCUGUAGUGAUGAGAAAUGGAGUGCAAGUGUGUUGCUGGGGCUGCAUGUGUUGGGGUUUUGGGCGUUUUUGUUGAUUUUGUGUUUCAAUUUGUGUAGAGUUUGUUAGUCUGUCAUCAAAAAUCCUGCUGUGUUUCCCGAGGAAGAGUCAGUGUGUGUGUGUGUGUGUGUGUGUGAUCUGACUUCUCUGGGGCUGGAAUCAGAAUUCCUCCCUUUCCACGGAUGAUCUCACCUCAGUGACCUCAGUUCUGGAGCAUUCCUUAUGGGACAGUCCUUGUGGUGCUGAAGGAGCCCCCAGCAAAACCUGGCCAGUGAUGAUGAGCAGAGAUGUUCCUGCAGAAAGCUCCAGAGCAGCCAUUGCUUUCUCUCUGUGCCUGUUUUAAAUUUCUGAAGGGUCCAACUGCUCCAGCCAGCACCGGGGCUGCUUUGCUGCUGUCCGUGCCAGAGGUGCAUACUGUGCAUAAAGCAAGAACUCAAAUCCUUAAUCUGCACCAUCCAGCCAGUCCCAGUCCUACCUAAACCACUGUAAAAUUGGAAGUCAGUUAACCAUUGCAAGUCAUCCAAGUAAAUCUUAAAAUAUUAAAAGCA